AUGCACUUUGUACCUAUAGAGUGGACCGCACAGACGGUUAGUGGAAUAACAGGAUCGAUAUCCAUCGCUUGUUGGGUCAUUGUGUUUGUUCCUCAAAUUUACGAGAAUUUUUACCGUAAAUCUGCAGAUGGUCUAUCACUGCUUUUCGUUAUAUUGUGGUUAGUGGGUGACGUUUUCAACUUGCUAGGGGCCGUUUUACAAAAAUUGUUACCUACAAUGAUAAUACUAGCGGCGUACUAUACGGUCGCUGAUAUCGCACUCUUAUUGCAAUGUCUAUGGUAUGGUCCCGAACAAAAAAUUGACCCUAUUCACCUAUCGCCUGCUAAUCCCAUCAAUGAGAACGUUUUGCAAGAUGUCUUCAACGAAAAUCAACCUUUACUACACGCACAAUCUUCAGCUCCACUUUCGAGAGACAACGUAGGUGGAAUUAUUGAAAGUGCUGAUGAUUUAUUAGAGUCUGAGAGGGAAGUUGUUAAGAAAAACUACCUGCAUGAUAGUGUCAUUGUAUUAUCUGUUAUAUUGGCCGGGUUCCUUUCUUGGUAUAUCUCCUACUGUCAAAACCCAAACCGUUCGAAACCAGACGGACCAAGUUUGGAGCUUAACAUCCUAGCUCAAGUUUUUGGUUACAUAAGUGCUGUGCUUUAUUUGGGUUCCCGUGUACCACAGAUUCUAUUGAACUUUGAAAGACAAUCAUGUGAAGGAAUUUCGUUCCUAUUUUUCCUCUUUGCAUGUUUAGGUAAUACUACUUUUAUCAUCUCUGUGUUGGCCAUCUCUUUCGAUCCUCAAUACCUACUUUUGAAUGCUUCCUGGUUAGUCGGUAGUUCUGGUACUUUGAUAAUGGACUUCAUCAUCUUUGCACAGUUCUUUGCAUACCACAGGGAUCCAAAAUUGUCUGAACAGGACACAGUAUAA